AAAAGGCUAAUUUAUUGAUUCAGAGGAGCACAGACCUGCAGAAGAGGAUCUGUCUCCAGGCUUGCUACUUACUGUUUUUGAACUUCAUUAUCUUAACAUCCUGUGAACAAAUAACCCGCUGUAUAAGCCUUUGAGAUGGGUAAUGAGGAGGUCAGUUCCGUGGAUCCGGCCAACCCAGUGAACGUCUCCUCUGUGACAGAGUUCCUGCUACUGGGAUUUUCCAGCCUUGGAGAAACACAGCUCAUUCUCUUUGCAGUUUUUCUAUUUCUAUAUCUGGUUAUUCUGAGUGGGAACAUCACCAUCAUCACUGUCAUCCGCCUGGAUCGCAACCUCCACAUACCUAUGUACUUCUUCCUGGGGAUCCUCUCCAUCUCUGAGACAUGCUAUACCUUUGUCAUUUUGCCCAAGAUGCUUAUAAACCUGUGGUCUCUGCUCAGAACAAUCUCCUUCAUUAGCUGUGCCACUCAGAUGUUCUUCUUUCUUGGUUUUGCUGUCACUAAUUGCCUGCUCCUGGGAGUGAUGGGUUAUGACCGCUAUGCUGCCAUCUGCCACCCACUUCACUACCCGAUCCUUAUGAAUUGGCAGCUCUGUGGACAACUGGCAGCCACUUGUGCAGGGAUUGGCUUUCUGUUCUCACUAAUAGGAACACUCUUAGUCUUCAAACUCCCUUUCUGUGGUCCCAAUAAGGUCAACCACUACUUCUGUGACAUCUCACCAGUCAUCCAGCUUGCUUGCACGAAUAGCAGUAUCAAUGAACUGAUCAUCUUCAUUGGUGGAGUUCUAGCUCUGAUGGUUCCCAUGACUUUCAUUUGCAUUUCCUAUGGUUUCAUUGUUCGCACCAUCCUGAAAAUCCCAUCAGCUGAAGGCAAGCGAAAAGCCUUCUCCACCUGUGCCUCCCACCUCACUGUGGUUAUUGUCCACUAUGGCUGUGCUUCCUUUGUCUACCUGAGACCAUCAUCCAAAUUUUCAUCCAGUAAAGAUAGGCUGGUGACAGUGACCUAUACAAUUGUUACUCCAUUGUUAAACCCCAUGGUAUAUAGCCUCAGGAACAAAGAUGUCCAGAUGGCUAUUCGGAAAGUGAUUGGCCGAGGAGGAUUGCAUCCUAAAGCUCUGUAGUGAGACUAUUUCACAUCAAUGGAGGGGACACCCUUUCAAAGACGUAAUAUUAAUGCUAUUGCUGUCUUUCCCCUAUAGAUAGCAUUUUACCGGCUUUGUAUUGCAAGCUUUUCAAUAUCGUUUUGAUUGGCUUUCUGGGGUACAGCUUUAAAAUUGGGUUGAUUUUUAAUUGAAUUCUAACAACAGACAUUUUUUAAACUUGUAAAAAUAAGUAUUUUGGUACUUUAGGAUUCUCAGUGAUUUUAGUCUCUUCACUGAAGGAUACGUACCAUAAUGUGAAUGGUCAUUUAUUAUAGAAAGUUCAACAAUGACAACUUCUCCAGUGUUUAGAAAAAUUUCAGCAAGUCCCUUUACAAAAGAUCAUGGAAAUAAUGGAAACAAUCUAAUAGAACUUAAUAUAAUCAUGAGCUAUCAGUGUUUGAAAAGUACCCACGGCUAUCUCUUUCUAUGGCUCGUCGUUGCACAAGAUUAAAUUGAAGCAUUCUGUUUUCUGACU